AUGUCAGACAGGGAAGCAGGCGACAAUGGGCUGAAGCUACGACCGCUGGUAUUGGUGAAGAAAUUAUGGAUCGAUGUUGAUGUUGGACCGAGGACUAUAGCGACUGGGCACAAAGUCAAUCAAUUGCAGACACGGCAAGGUUACUGUCCGUCCCAAUCAAUUCUUUCCAUCCACAUCUCCUCUCCUCCCCGAAGCGAAUCUCGAACCUCGAACCCAGAAGUCAAGUUGGCAAAGCAUUUCUCGUCGCUGGUGCAAAUUCAGGAAACGGAAAACAGCUCGCCGGAUUAUUCUAUCCCUCAGGGGCAACAAUAUAUCUUGCGGGGAAGGUCAAAGGAAACGAUCGGCGAGGCCAUUGCUGAAAUCAAGUCCACAGCACCGACUACAGGUUUGGCUGCAAUUUUGAAAUCUCUUCACAGGCUUGAUUCCAGUGAUCUUCGGACCGUCCCAACCUUCGAGACCUUGGCAAAACAGGAGAAGGUGCUACACAUCAUAAAGAAUAAUGCAGCUAAGGGAUUGCGAUCCGGGUGCGCCGACCCCAUAAAGUCUCGACGGGCAUAUGGGAGCGAAUGCAAUAGGACCGUCCCUUCUGACGAACCUGUUGGUAUCUUCUCUUCGAGUUGUGGCAAAGCGAUCAGGACAGCCAGCGCGCAUCGUCUGGACUGGAUCGGUGCAGAUUGA